AUGUUCAGUUUUGGGAAAGUAUACCUCCCGCUGAAAGAGCAGGGGAAAGACCGUUUCAUUUACGCCAAGGUCACCCUGAUGCUGAUCACCAGCGGGGCGUUGGCAGUAGUAUGCCGCCUGGCCGGCCGCCUCUGCAACUACAUGGUUAAGGAGAUAGGCGAGGUCGAGCCUGAGAUCCCGGAUCAAAUCGACAGCUCGAGCUUGCAGGGGCUGGGGGCAGAUCCGGAGGCAGGGGUCGCCGGUGACGACGAGGAAGGCGGAGCAUGGGAGGAUCCAUGGCAUCCGCGGCUCCUGGGCACAAAGGAGACAGGGAGGCCAGGGAGAGAAGAAGGAAGAAAGGAGGGGUUGUGCGGCGACCUAGCGAGGAGCUCGCCGGAGCUGGGCGAAGGCGGACUGGCGCGGGAGACGGAGGGGUCCGGCGCGGCGGCGCGAAGUCCUUGCAGGUGGAGGCAGGCGUCGAAGCAGAGGACGAGAGGAUCCCCUGAUCCAUCCCCUCCUACCCAUCCAGCCCUUCCUCGAUGGCCCGCGUGCGACGAACCCCUACGCGGGGUAAGAAGGGGGAUCACGCGAGGUGGAGCACUCCAGCCCCCUCCUAGCCCUACCACGCUAGCUACUGGUGUCUCAAAGAUUAAGCGCACGUUGGUACUUAUGGUCAGGCCUGCCUCAAGUAGGGGAAGAAGAGGAGGCCUGAAAGAGAGAGGCCGCAAGGAUUGGAUCACGGAUGUAUGUUGGCUAUGUCUCUCACGAAAUUUGUUGAAGCUAAAGAUGAAGAGGAACUCGUGGAAGAGGAAAAGAAAUGACAUGGUAGAAAUUCAUUCACACAUAUCAGGGUCAUAGUGAGAGGAUUGAUCUGCUUGAUUCGCUCCUGAUGGUCGGUGGAUUGUUUCUGGUAGGGCUAAGAGUUCUGUGAAGGUAAGAUUUUGAUCCAACCUAUUAAGCAGUACCACACAAAUUAUAGGAGAAUCUGUUGUUUGGUCCAACCUAUAAAGGUGCCAUAUAUGCUCAAUUGCUCACAACAGUGCUAAUAUUAACAAGGUGCAUAAACUCACGCUCUAGCGGAAGAUAUCCUUUAUAUUUUUGGGGUCACUGAUACCUGUUCAAAAACAUAAGAUGUGUUCCUAGAUAACAUCUUUCCUCCAAAAUAAUUUAUAUAUCAUCUAGACUUGGUUAGUUGUAACUUUUGCUUUCUGUUCUUUCCACAAGCUUCUGUAGGUUCAAAUGACAAUUGUUAAAUUUUGGGACCUUAAGACUUUUUAGUUGAUUGCAUCCUCCAGACCGGGAGGUAUAAUAGCAUAUCCUAAUUGUCUAAUUGAUGAUUCAGAAAGCUCUGGCUCUACUCAUGUAUAUCAGUUUAUAUUCAGAUUGUGAAGUACUCCUUCUAUAAAGAAAUAUAAGAGAGUUUAGUUCUAUAAAACAUAUUUAUAUGCAGUUAUCCAACAAAUUUAUGUCCUAAAAUCUUACAACUUCUCUUAAGCUGUUUUUUUACGGGAAAACUAUAUUUGAUCAUAACCUUGGCUUAAAUGCAAUUUAAUUUCAACCUCAAAUUUGGUGAUUUUUUAAUGGGCACAACUGUGUCGGUAGAGGACUAGAGGUUGACAGUUAUGAAUUUUGUGAUAAUCUUCGGUUAUACUGUUAUAUGUAGCACUUUCCAGGUUAUAUGGUUCACAUUCUCUGAGCCAAUUCACAAUGACCAUUCCAGAUUUGGGCCUUGCGUUUUUAAAUUAUUUUGUAACAUUUUGGUUGAUCUUUGAUGCUGCUCCUUAAUUUUUUACAUUGACUGGUGUAGAACUAAAUGAGUGUUGACAUUCAAGGGAAGCCCCAAGCUUUUAAACAGUAUAUGAAUGUUGUUAGUUCGGUCCUUCACAAAUAAGUCCCUUGAUGUGUGUCAUCUCUCAUUGCGUAUAACAUCUGGUCUUUCUAUUUUUCAUUGAUUUUUCUUCUCCCGGUGCACUGAAUCUGCAAGGGCGUGUAGACGGCAGGAUGAGCAGCAGCAUGCCGGUGGUAAGACAGGGCGUGUAGACGGCAGGAUGAGCAGCAGCAUGCCAGUGGUAAGACAGGGCGUGUUGGCGUAUGCGAAGCAGCCAUGCAUGAAUCUUGGCGGCGGAUGCUUGCUGGCCGUAGUGGCAGCACCAAUUCAAGCUGGGAGGCGGGAAGCUGGAGUAGCAGGAACGAUUGGUCGUCCAUUAGGCAUGAACCCAACUCCACUGUACUCCCUUUUCUUUCCGUAACCAAUUCUUUGGAGCAGACAUGUGGGUACAGUUACAUAGCCUGAAGAUUGUUUGCUUUUUUUGGUUAGUUUAGAUUUAGAUUUCUCAGAUAUUCACUAUUUGAUCAAUCGAUCCAUGUAGAUCUCAUUGACAUGGUUUGUGGAAUGUACCUUUCAGCAUUUA